AUGGUACGUGAGCUUCAGCACAUCAACAACACCCACAAUCUCGCUGUUCUCGUCGUCCACCACAGGCAAAUUCAAAUACCGUCCCUCGAACAUCUGUCUAAGGGCUUGAUGGAUGGAGCUGCUAGCCAGGGCGUACGAUGGCUUUGGAGUCAUGACACGGAUCACAGAGCAGGUGCGUGGAUCGAUACCUGCGGCAAUCACUCUCAGAACGAUGUCUUUGGAGGUGAAAAUACCCGUAACCUCAUCGUUGUUCUUGGAGUCUUUCACCAGAACAGCCGUGGUCUUGUUGUCCUUCAUCAAAAUGGCAGCAUCGUGCACAGACGUCUUGAUGUCGCAGCAGACUGGAACAGUUCUGUCGGACAGAACAGAAUUGAGUCUUGGCCCAUUGAUGAUAUUCUUAAGACUCUCAAAGUACUUGAUCACGUGCAGAGGCUGACCGCCGCCAAGCUCUUCGGUGACACCUUCCAUUGCAUCGUAGAGCUUCUUGGAGCUCUCGUACAUUCUUUCGAGUUUGGUCAUGGCUUCAUUGUAGCACUUGGUGAUGUCCAACGUUCCGACAAUCUGGUGGUUGUCGUUGACCACCGGCAGAUGUCUAAAACCUUUGGUGACCAUCAAGGAGAGAGCAUCGGAAGCCAAAGUGGUGAUCUUUGCACACAUUGGGUUUGGGGUCAUGAUAUGCUCGAUAGAGGUCUGGUUGGCAUUGAGAUUGGAUCCAACAAUACGGAAUGCAAGGUCCUUGGCCGUGAAAAUACCUGCCAGUUGUCCGGCAUCGUCCACCACCAGAACACAAUUUUCCUUAGUCACAGACAUGAGCUGGGCCGCUUCGUAGACGGUGUUGGAAGGCUUCAUGAUGACCGGAUCGGAGGGCUUCAAGGACAUGACGGUCCCACUGGCGCCGGAUCCCGCCUUGGACUUUUUCUGGGGCGAGCCAAACGUGGACACCAUAGUGACGUUGUUCUUCUUCUUGAGGUCGUUUUCGAUCUUCUUUCUGAUCUGAUCGUCUUUCUUGGUUUGUCUCUUGCGGGUAGACUCCAACGGAUCCGAAGGCGGGUUCGACAGUGCCGACUGGGCCCGUCUGGGAGUUCUCACAGUGCUGUCUGA